AUGCAGGAAUGGAACUCGUUUUAUGCGUUUCCGGAGACGGAGUUUACGGAGGAGGAUUUCAAGGUCAUGAAUCAUUGGACGAGUACGAGUAUGGCGAAGACGAAUUUUCAGACGAGGAGGGUGCUGGUGGUUAGGUUUCUGAGGGGGGUGGUUGGGGGUGGGAAGGAGGAGGAGGAUAGGGCGGAUGAGGUGAAGGGGGGUGAGGGGAGGGAGGGGAUUGUGGGGAAGGUUAUGCUUGUUGAUGGGGAGGUGAAGAGGAAUGAUGCGGUGAAGACCAGGGUUGUGCGGGUUUGUAAGACGGAAAAGGGGAGGAUUGAGGUGUUGAGGGGGGAGUUUGGGAUUGAAUUGACGGGGGAGGAGAGGGAGGGUAUCAAAGGGAGAAAUGUGGAAUUAAGGGGAUGA